GCAGCAGAGCAGGGCUGAGCCUGCAUACCACUGCUGCUGACGACUAACCUGCUCCCACACACUCACACACACACACACACACACACACACAAAGACACACUGUGCGCUCUCACGUCACACUCACUCAGCAUACAACACUCAAAGAGACGCUGAAACUCAAACCAGAGAGAUGCUACCAGCUGGCAGCCACUGAAGCCUGACACACUGCACUCAGGAAGUACACUUGACAAAGGACACGAAAGUGACCUCCUGCACUUAGACGGCACCCGAUCCCACAUCCUUCAAAAAAAAGGGAACCCGACGCAAGAAAAGGGAGUGAUCAUAACGUAGUGCUGAAACACGACCCAUUCAGCUGAGGAGAAGACAGGUGGACGACUGUCUCUGGUGCCUGAGGAGAAGAAGCAGCAUGCUAGCAAAAAUCCUUGAAGACAUGUGGGUGGAGCCGGAGGUGCUUGAAGCCCUCAAUGAGGAGCAGAAGAGGAUCCUCUUCUUGAAGAUGAGGGAGGAGCAGGUACGCCGCUGGAGAGAGCGCGAGGAAAGGGACGAGAGGGAAGGAAGAGACAACGCCAACACCCGGUCAAAGAAAGCGUACAAUAAACAUGUGAGCUGGCUGCUUGGUCGGGAUGGAGACGUGAGCAUCAGUGUGAUCGGAGAGGUGGACGAGUUCAGGUCCUCCAAACUCCUCCAGAGCCUCUCGAACAACAGGGUCCGCAGUGAUGAUGUGAUCGGCAUCCAGACAGCCGACUUGCAGCCGGGGAGAGACGGCCAGCAGCUUUCUGAUGUGAGCGAGGACCCCGCCUCGCCAAACAGUCAGCCAUGUGAAGAAGACUUGGACUCCUGCAGCGCCGAUGAUGACCUGAAAGACCAAGCUGAGGACAGCGAUAGUGAGUCAGGUGGCAGCUCGGACAACCACAACGAGUGGACCCUUCUCUACAAGCCACAUUUUAGUAGCCAUGGCAACCAGCCGUCGCUCAAAGCCCAGCUGUCAGGCACAGAGAUGGUCGGCCAAAAGGACAGAGAGAUGGUUUGUAGUGAAGAGAACAAGUCUGAAUAUCAAAGUCGCGUGGCACAGCUCAAGAAGACAUUCGCUGAUGAUCGUCGUAGCUCUUCACCUACCAACACCAAACCUCCCAUACCUGCCAAACCUGCUCACCUACAGAAGAAAGGCACAGCUUUGCACAGCUAGGACCGAGGUGUCCACCCUGCUACAAGACAGUCCAGACUGAGGACACAUACACUGGAGGAAAGGGAUCCUUGAACUUUGAACCUUGAAGGAUCAACCUACGUACAGGCCUAAGGAGUGGGCCGGAGAAAGACUUGAAAGCUUAUGUCAAGUCAACUUGGAGGAUAAAAAAGAAGCAGCUUUUGAUGAUGCUGAGUUACGCUCCAUAGUUUCUGUGAUUGACAGCCAGAUGCAAAGAGCUGUCCAGAGAGACUUGCACUGACUACUGACUCUAACUGAGGACACACAACAUUUAUUGUAAAAUAAAUGUUACUGAAACUAGAAGCACAAGUCUGAUGAGGACCAUAUUCAUAUCCAACUGUACAGUUAAAAAAAUGUACAUUGUUUCUUGUAGUUAUUGUUUCUUGUCGCUGUACUCUGUUAACGUAGUUAUUGGUAAAAACAAAAUAAAGAGUUACUUUGUAAAAAUAUAUGAAGGCAAUCCUGUAAAAACACAGUGCCCUGAGAGUUUUGAUGAGCUCUUUAAACAGGGGCGUCAUGCAAGCCAAAAUUCUGUAUUUUGAGAUAUUUAUAAUCUGAAGGCAAAAUGGUUAUUAUUUCUCCUUCAGUGUGGCAGUCCGAGGAAACCUCAGUGAAAUCAAGAGAAAUUACUCCCAUCCUAUAGCUAAUUUUUUGUAGCUUUUUUAACAGAUAUCUUCCAUACUUGAAAUAUAAUUUAUUACUACGUAUUAUAUAAAUAUGAAUGGUAAAUGGACUUGAGCUUGUAUAGUUAUUUUAUAGUCUUCUACUCAAAGUGCUUUUACUCCACAGGUCACACCUACACAUUCACACACUGAUGGUAGAAGCUGCUGUGUAGAGUGACCAUAAGAAAUAACUCCCAUUCAUACACCGCUGACAAAGCAGCGGGAGCAACUUGAGGUUCAGUGUAUUACUCAAGGACACAGCAGACAUUUUGCUGCAGGAGCUGGGGAUUGAACCCUGCCCUCACGGUUAAGAGACAACCAUCUUCACCACUGAGCCAAAGCCGCCUAAAUAAGUUAUUGUUUUAAUACCAAGAUGUGAGAAAAAUCCUGUCAGAUUCUUAAAAAUCUGAAGGGGCUCCAGCCCCCCCUGAGAUUCAAUGGGCAUGAUGCCUCUGACUUUACAGAGGUGUAAAAUCUGUUCUUGAGCGGAAACCCAACACAGUGUACGGGGAACUUGGUCAAAGUCACACAACGUCAAUCUGAGUAAUAUUACAUGAAAUAAAUAAGUAAAUAAAUAGCCUACAUAAAAUGUUUAUUUAAAAUGUUUAAAACGGAGUUAUCUGCUUUCAAAUAAGCUCUUCAAAUGAUGAACAGUCCUGUGCGUUUGAUGAUGGUGACUGAUGUUAGCUUUUAGCUCAAAGUCUAUAGUGAAUUAAAGCGCUGUGAUUUAUAUAAUUUAUAUAAUAGAUUGUAAGUAAAUAAGAGAUUAACACAAACUAUUUAACUAAACAAAAUCCUUAACUCUGUCGGAUAAAGUUUGUAAUUAAAAAACAAUUUGUCAAGA